GAGGCUGCAGGCGCGCGGGGCAGGGAUCUAAGCCGCGCCGGGGCGGGUGCGUGCUUUUCCGCCUCCGACGUGUUUCCGGCCUUAAAGGCAUUUUGCCCUUCCCUUUAAGACGCGCCGCCCCCUCUCAGUCACUCCCAAGAUGGCGGACCUACUGGGCUCCAUCCUGAGCUCCAUGGAGAAGCCACCCAGCCUCGGUGACCAGGAGACUCGGCGCAAGGCCCGAGAGCAGGCAGCCCGCCUGAAGAAACUACAGGAACAAGAGAAACAGCAGAAAGUGGAGUUUCGUAAAAGGAUGGAGAAAGAGGUGUCAGAUUUCAUCCAAGACAGUGGGCAGAUCAAGAAAAAGUUUCAGCCGAUGAACAAGAUAGAGAGGAGCAUACUACACGAUGUGGUGGAAGUGGCUGGCCUGACAUCCUUCUCCUUUGGGGAAGAUGAUGAAUGUCGAUAUGUCAUGAUCUUCAAAAAGGAGUUUGCACCCUCAGAUGAAGAGCUGGACUCCUACCGUCGUGGCGAGGAGUGGGACCCCCAGAAGGCUGAGGAGAAACGGAGGCUGAAGGAGCUGGCCCAGCGGCAGGAGGAGGAGGCAGCCCAGCAGGGACCUGUGGUGGUGAGCCCUGCCAGCGACUACAAGGACAAGUACAGCCACCUCAUUGGGAAGGGGGCAGCCAAGGAUGCGGCCCACAUGCUACAGGCCAACAAGACCUACGGCUGUGUGCCUGUGGCCAACAAGAGGGACACACGCUCCAUUGAAGAGGCCAUGAAUGAGAUCCGGGCCAAGAAGCGUCUGCGGCAGAGCGGGGAAGAGUUGCCACCUACCUCCUAGACACCCCAGCUCCCUGGGGCAGGGCAGAGGGCAGGGAGGGACGAGGCUGCUGCUAUUAGAACCCAUCCUGGAGCCCCACCUCUGAAGCACCUCCUAACAGCUGUCACUCAGGCUGCGGGAAAGAGGUGUUUGAUUUGUCACUGUUGGAGCUUGGAUGUCUCUGUGUGUGUGUUAUGUGUGUGUGUGAAUGUACAGGUGGGUAUUUAAUCUGUAUUAUUCUCUGUUCUCCCUGGAAAUUUCUUUCCCAUGGGGCUGGGGUUACUUUACAUUAAAUAAACACUGUUUGACCCAA